AUGGUCGACGACACGCCGCUCCUGAGCUGCAUGGCGAGCGACGGCGUCUCGCUCUCGCUCGCCUCGACGACCUUCGAGCUCGCGGACGUCCUCGGCGCGAAGGCGGCGCCGCCGUACGUCGAGGUGCGCUGCUGCGGCCGCCCGAAGCCCGGCCUCUUCUCCCGCGGCGGCGGCGCGCGGCGCCUCGCGACGAAGCGCGUCAAGGUCGGCGACGAGUGCGAGGCCGCCGCCGCGGGCGUGAACAAAGCCGUCGCGGCGCGCUACCCCGCGCGGCCGGACAAGGUCCUGGUCAUCGUGAAUCCCGUCGGCGGCACGGGCGCGGCCGCCAAGGUCUACGAGCGCGACGUCGCGCCCGUGCUCGCCGCGGCGGGCGUGGCCGCCGAGGUGUUGGUGACAAAGUCGCAGGGCGAGGGCUACGAGCGGUGCAAGGCGCUCGGCGCCGCGGCGGCGCCCGGCGUCGCCGGCGUCGUCGUCGUCGGCGGCGACGGCACGAUGAGCGAGGUCGUGCGGGGUUUGGUCGACGGCUGUGCGACGACGGAGGACCCGGCGGCGAAGCUCCGGGCCAUCCGCGUCGCCCACGCGCCGGGCGGCAGCGGCAACGCGUGCCACGCGUCCGUCGCGCACGCGGGCGGCGACGCGAUCGGCUCGGCCGUCGACGUCGCCUUCAACGUCUGCCGCGGCAGCACGCGGGCGCUGGACCUCGCGCGCUACGACCUCGGCGGCGGCAAGCCGCCGUUCUACAGCUUCCUCGCGCUCGAGUGGGGGCUCGUCGCGGACAUCGAUCUGGGUUCCGAGAACAUGCGGUGGCUCGGCCCCCUGCGCUUCACGCUCGCGGCGCUCUACCGCAUCGCGUGCCUGCGCGACUACAAGGGCACGCUCGCCUACCUGCCCGCGGCGCCGGAGCUGACGCGCGAGGCGCCGUCGCUCUUCGCGCCGUCGCGGCUCCCGCCGCUCGACGCGCCGCUGCCCGAGGGCUGGGCCAAGGAGGACGACGACGAGACCUUCCACCUCCUCAUGGCCUGCAACACGACGCACGUCGACGAGACGACGCCCAUCGCGCCCGACGCGCAGCUCGACGACGGCGCGAUCUCGCUCGUCUACACCAAGGGCAAGGGCGGCUGCGGCACGAAGCUGGACCUGCUCGACGGCUUCCUCAAGCUCGACAGCGCGGACCACGUCCACAAGCCCUCCUUCUACGUCGUCAAGUGCGCCGCCUUCCGCCUCACGCCCGCCGCGGGCGACACGUCCCGCGCGGGCAUCGACGGCGAGGAGGUCCAGAACGGGCCCGUCCAGGCCGAGGCCUUCAAGGCCUGCCUUGCCGUCUUCGCCGCGGAGGCGAGCCCCACGGGGACCGACGCCGCCUGA